AUGGGCUCCGGCGGGGCUUGCGGGCGGACGAUGCGCUGGGGGCUGCCCCUCGGCGGCGCCACGCUGCUCCUGCUGCUCCUCCAGGCGGCCGCGGCGCAGGCGUCGCCCGGAUCAGCUUGCUCCCAGAGCACAAACAAGACCUGCCAAGAGUGCCUGAAAAACGUCUCCUGUCUUUGGUGCAACACGGAUAACACAUGCAUGGACUAUCCAGUGACAAAAAUCUUGCCGCCUGCUUCUCUUUGUAAGCUGAGCUCUGCACGCUGGGGCGUUUGUUGGGUGAACUUUGAGGCGUUGAUUAUCGCCAUGUCGGUGGUUGGAGGCCUCAUCCUCCUGGCGAUUACCACAUGCUGCUGCUACUGCUGCUACUGCAGAAAGAAGAAGAGCCGGAAGCCAGACAAGAGCGAGGAGAAGGCCAUCAGGGAGCAGGAAGAGAGGAGAAUACGGCAGGAAGAAAGGAGGGCAGAGAUGAAGUCAAGGCAUGAUGAAAUCAGAAAAAAAUACGGUUUGUUUAAAGAAGAAAACCCAUACGCCAGAUUUGAAAACUGA